AUGAUAACGGACGCUACAGCACAGAUUAAAGUGAUUCAGUGCUCUCAGUGUCAGAAUGACGUAGAAUUUUACUGCAGGCCAUGUAAACAAAAUCUGUGUAUGACGUGUAAGCAGAGACACGUUGUGUACAUCAACACCAAAGAUCAUGAUGUCGUUAUUUACCGAUUAAAGCAUGGUGACUUUAUUAUACCUGAGUCAUGUGAGAAACAUCGAAAUUGCAAAUAUAAAAACUGGUGCAAAUCUUGUGAAUGUCCAAUUUGUGAUAAAAAUUAUGAGCACCGAAGACACAAGCUUAUAGAUAUCAAAUUAUCCUACAAGGUCCAAAGACAGAAAAACAGGGGGAAAAUUAUUGAAAUUAGAGGUGAGAGCCUCCCAUACAAUUGUGCCAUGCUCGCAGAUCUCUAUUCUGACACCAAAGCUUUAAAAGCAAAAUGUUCUAGCAUCAAAAAUCAACCCACUGUUAAAGCUGAAAACUUGAAAAAACUAAUCGAUAUACAGAAUAAGACACUAAAUGUUUUGUAUAAAAGAAACUUUAAUAUUGGCUUUAUAUUGAAGCAUCACAAAAUGAAGGAGUAUGUGGACAAAUACGAGCAACUAGCAAACAAACCUGUAAAAUUUUUGCUGUUCAUAAAGAAGACCCCCAUCCCCAAGGCAAUAGACCUUCCUGAUACCAUAAUGUGUAACGUUAAUGAAAAAAUAGAAACAGGGGACAUUUUAGAGUUAUUAGUUGAUAUCAAAAUCACAGAGGUAGGAAAGAGAAAAGUAAGAAAUGAACAAAUGUUAAAGCUAAUGCCACAAGGCAUGUUAAAGAAGUAUGUUGAUGUGGGUGGCUUAAUUCACAAAAUUUCUCACAUUUCUUUUGUGACACCAGAUAGGAUAUGGAUCAAUGAUGGACGCAGUCUUUUUCUGACUAAUUCUAAAGGUAACAUUCUACAUCGUUUAGUUGCUGUGAAUAAUUAUUUAGGUGUACAUUGUGCAACCAGUGCAGGAGAGUUGAUUUAUGUGGACAAAGACUGGAACAUUAACAAACUAAGUACAAACAAUGCUACAAAGUCGACUCUAAUUAAGAGAAUAGAAAUGCGGCGGCCAUUGUGUGUGUGUCAUUCUUCCUCUACUGGAGAUUUGCUUGUCAUGAUGGGAUAUGUAUCAGAUAAUAAUUCCAUACAAGAAGCAAAAAUGAUUCGGUAUAAUAGUACAGUACAACCAAUCCAAACCGUCCAAUACAACAUUUCAGGAAAGCCAUUAUACGACACACCUAAGUAUAUUACAGAGAACCACAAUGGGGAUAUCGUUGUGUCUGAUAAAUUCAAUGGUGUGGUGGUCACAGACCAUAAAGGAAAAUAUCGUUUCACUUACACGGGGCCUCCAAUCAUAUCUGGAUCGCCAUACGGAACCUGUGUAGAUGUAUUCUUAAAUAUUCUGAUCUGUUGUAAAAAGAACAAAGCUAUAUACAUGAUUAACAAGGAUGGUGAUUUCCUGUCAUCUAUAACAGCAGAACAACUAGAGGGUCGGAUGGCUGAACCAUUUGGUUUGGCUUAUGACAACGAAAAUCAUCUUGUUUGGAUGGGAUCAAGCAACACCAGCAGACUUUGUGUAUACAGAUAUAUAGAACGAAAAGAUUAUCUCGCAGAUAUUUCAUAG